AUGGUGGAAGAGCAGGCAGAGCCUCAACCACUGCAGCAACCGGCUGUACAGAUCAUGCAAUCUGUAACAAUAACUCCAAUGCCAGAAUUUUGCCCAGAUGCAAAAAUCGGAACAAGCCUUUCGACAAGAUGGAACAAUUGGCAGUCAGACUUCGAAAUGUAUAUAACCGCAAGUGGAAUAACGAAUCCAAAGCGAAAACGUGCACUUUUGCUAUAUCAAGCCGGACCGAGAGUUCGCGAGAUUUUUAAACAAAUCCCCGAGACAGGAACUGAUACGGACUACGACAUCACGAAACAGAAGUUAAAGGCUUACUUCGACCCUCAAAAGAAUCGGCGGUACGAAGUUUAUCGUUUUCGACAAACAACUCAAGAACACAAUGAGACGUUAGAUCAAUUUCACACCAGACUUAGAACAAUAUCAGAAACAUGUGAAUUCGCAGACGUUGAAUUUGAAAUCGAAGAACAAAUCAUUAUAGGCGGAAAUUCAUCAAAAAUACGAAAGCGAGCACUGCGUGAUCCUACAUUUGACUUAAAAUCAAUGCUUUUAGAAGAACGUCGUGACGAGCAGAGCAAGUAUCAAGCUGAACAAAUUGAAUCUAAAGAACAAGCUGACGGUGAGGCUAAUAAAUUAGAACAAAAACCUAAUAACGGUAAUAUUUCGAACCGUAGUAAUGUUAUUUGCAGAAAUUGUGGGCGUGCUUAUCCACACACAGGGGCAUGUCCAGCGAAAGGAAAAACCUGUAAUAAUUGUGGAAAACCGAAUCAUUUCGCUGCUGUUUGUCGAGGAAAACAAAAACAAACGCGAUCACCGAGAUACUCAAACAAAAAGCAUGCACAAAGAAAUCUAAAAACAUUAGAUACAGGAUCAAACACGAGUUCCGAUGAAGACUAUUUAUAUACAGGUCAAUGUUAAAGUAGGCGGUGCCAAAUUUCAAACAACAAUUGACAGUGGCGCGACAAUAAAUGUGAUCGAUCGUGACACUUUUAACAAAAUGCAAGACAUAAAAUUAACUCGCACGAACAAGAAAGCUUUCGCGUAUAAUACGAAAUCACCAGUUGAAUUUUUGGGAAAAUUCGAAGCGGUAAUAUCGAAACACGAAAACGAAUAUCUGUAGCCACAUUCUAUGUCGCUAAAGCUGCGAACUGUGGAAACUUACUUUCUCUUUCUACUGCACAAGAACUCGGACUUAUUAGUUUGCAUCUAGACAAACUGACAUCAAAGAAUGCCGCACUAGAAAACAUCCUUCAAAAGCAUUCUAAAGUUUUUUCCGAUCUUGGAAAAUUGAAGGGAGAAAAAAUUAAACUAGAUAUAGACAAAACUAAAAUUCCGAAAGCACAACCCCAAAGGCGCAUACCUUAUCACAUUCGAGAAAAAGUGAAAAACGCGGUAACUGAAUUAGAAAAUCAAGAUGUGAUUGAAAAAGUGCCCGAAAAUGAAGCUACUCCGUGGGUUUCACCAAUUGUAGCUGUUCCCAAAAAAGACGGACAGGUUCGCAUAUGUGUUGAUAUGCGGCUCGCAAAUGAAGCUAUAAGACGA